AUGUCGAACCCAUACGCGGAGCAGAACCCUUAUGCUCAAGACCAACAACAACAAUACGGCCAACAUGACAACUACUACGCCCAAGAAAACUACGAAAUGCAAGGCUACAACAACAACAACAACAACAACAACAACAACAACAACAACAAUAGUGAUCCCUCCGCCAUCCUGAGCCAACAAGACUUCCUCCAUCGCGUGCAAGACCUGCGCAAACAGAUCGACUCCUUCACCAGCGACCUCACCACCAUCAGCCAGCUGCACCAGCGCGUCCUCAACAGCGCCAGCGGCCACGAACAGCACGGCCAGCAGCUCGAACAGCUCCUCGCACAGACACAGCUCCGCAUCGCCAGCAUCAAGGACGGCAUCAAGGCGCUCGAGCACGACCUGGCGAGCACAACGGGCGGCGCGCGGGGCGUCAAGACCACCCAGCUCGACACCCUGCGGUCCUCGUUCCGCAGGGAGAUCGACACCUUUCGCAGCGUCGAGGGCGAAUACCGCGCGCGCUACCGCGAGCAGAUUGCACGCCAGUACAGGAUCAUCAACCCCGACGCCGACGAGCACGAGGUCCAGCAGGCCACCGAGGCCGACUGGGGCAAUGAGGGCGUCUUCCAGGCGGCGCUCCGCACCAACCGCACCGGCCAGGCCAGCUCCGUCCUCGGUAACGUCCGCGCCCGCCAUGGGGAGCUCCAGCGCAUCGAACAGACCCUCAUCGAGCUAGCCGCCAUCUACCAGGACCUGGCGACCGUCGUCGAGCAGCAGGACGUACACGUCCAGGCCGCCGAAACCAACGCCGUCGGCACCGUGGAAAACCUCGAAAAGGGCACCGGCCAGGUCGAGGUCGGUAUCAAACAUGCUCGCAACCGCCGCAAGCUCUUCUGGUGGCUCAUGCUCGUCCUCUUCCUCAUCAUCGUGGUCAUUGCCAUUGCUGUCAGCGUCAAGAUCUGCGUCGUGGAUGAUAAAUGCAACAGCAAGUAA